AGUAUAUAUUUUUACAAAAUGGUGGCUUCUUCGCGGAGAAAUUCGUAGUGGCGAUUAUUAACAAAAGGCACGCAAUUUGGCCAGCGAAUUAUAGCAAAUUGUUGGCGAAAACACUCGGAACGACGCUGGCUGCGGCGUGUGGAUGGAAAACUCGCGGAAAAGCAACCAAAAAACGCGCACGAACCCAGUGAAAAUAACUGAAAGCGAAGGCAGGCAAUAAAAAAACGCAAGCAAGCAACCAAAGUGCGUGCCUGUGUGUGUGUGUGUCUGUGAGCCGUGAGUGUCCGUGUGUGUCUGUACGGGAGUGUGUCUCUCUGUUAGUGUGUGUGUGCGCAAAGUGUAUGCAAAAAAGAAGAAGAGAAACGGAGAAGAGCAUUAAAAAAAAGCGUACGACGAGUUUCACGCGCCCAACAACAAAAACACCAUAAGAAGCAGCAACAAAAACAACAACACUUAGCAGCGACAGCAACAACAAAAGCAGCAGCAAAACCUGUGUUUGUGCAAAUUAACCAAAAUAUACAUUUCCGGCUACUCGCUGCCCCCUCGCUGAGCAACAACUACAACAACAUCAAGAACAACAGGAGCAGAGCAGCAGCAACAACCAAGACCGCCCACCCCUUCGCUUCCAUCGACCCAGCACAUAAUCAUCAUCAUCAUCAACUGGAGUCUGGAAUCUGGAGACGGAGACCGGCGUCCGGAGUUACUUUGCCGCCUGCUGCUGGAGAGAGGAGCUUCUUCGGGAGGAACGCCUCGACGAUAUACAACCCCGACCCGGAUUCAUGUUGAAUUUUCAUAUCGUAGAGGGCAUAAAAAGGCUUAACACUGGACCGGAAGCGUGUUUUUAAAGGGUGAUGGCGGCCUCCACUCAAGGAGAAAUUCGAGUGGGUCCCGGCCACCAGGUAAACGAUGUCUAUGCAAAACUGCCCGAUUAUAAUCCAAUCUCAAGCUUCCCCAUCGACAAGGAAACCGAUGAACGUGAACUAGAGGAAUCAAGAUGGAGUCCAGGCGUUGUGGCCGAUGGCGACUUGUUAAUGUUCUUGCGUGCGGCUCGCUCCAUGGCUGCAUUUCAAGGAAUGUGUGAUGGCGGACUAGAAGACGGUUGUUUGGCUGCCAGUCGCGACGACACCACAAUAAACGCACUCGACGUGCUCCACGAUUCUGGCUACGAUCCAGGCAAAGCUCUACAAGCGCUAGUAAAGUGCCCCGUUUCUAAGGGCAUCGACAAGAAGUGGACCGAGGACGAAACAAAGAAGUUCAUCAAGGGUCUGCGUCAGUUCGGCAAGAACUUCUUCCGCAUCCAUAAGGACCUGCUGCCGCACAAGGACACGCCGGAGCUGGUCGAAUUCUACUAUCUGUGGAAGAAGACGCCCGGUGCGAACAACAACCGUCCGCAUAGGCGGCGACGACAGAGCGCCCUGCGCCGAAACCGUGUCACGCGGGCCAAUAACAGCAGCAGCAACACACCUCCCAAGAAGGAGGACACUCCAGAACCACAAACUGCGACGACGGCGACGGCGGCGGCAACCGCGGCGUCCGAGACGGCGAGUCGCUCCUCGCCCGCUGUCUCCAAGGAGGAGAACAGCUCGCUCACCGAGGACGACGCCAGCGAGUGCGACAGUGAUUCGAGUCUGACCCACAAAAGGGAUGAAUCACCCUCAAGGAUGAGGACGCGAAACAAGCAACAGAACAACAACAGCAGCACCAGCAGCAGCAACAACGCGGCCGGAAACGGUGGCGGUAACGCCACCUCCAUAAGCAGCGGUUCAACAGGCGGCGGUGCCGCUGGCGGCAACAGCUCGUCCAAGGACCAGUCAGCCAACGCCGUGGCUAAUGGCAAGCGGCCCAAGCGGGGCUCCGAAACACCGGACGUUGCCGGCGGAGCCUCGGUCGAUAGUCCCAAGACGCCGACGAAAGCCGUGGCCGAGAGUUCGGCCAACAAGCGCAAGGGUGGCAAGCAGGAUACGCCCAACAAGAAGAAGCGGACGGAGCAGGAGGCCAGUGAGCCGAGUGCCCAGGAGGAGAAUGCCGUCAAGGAGAAACGCAAGCGGCCGGACAGUCCGGUGGAGAGCAUGAACUCGGAUAGCAGACCGGACUCGGUGCUCGACGAUGGCGAGUCCAAUACGACGGACACGACCACCGCCGAGCAGCAGUCUACUAAGGACAGCAAGGAGACGGUCAGCUGCAAGGAGGAGCGCGAUAUGGUCACCAAUGAUCUGGAAGCCAAGGCCGAGGAGAAAGCCAUCAAGGCAGAGGCUUUGGCAGAGGACAGCAAGGACAGCGCCAUCAAGAACAUGGACGAGGAGACGAACAUCCAGGCGCCGAUGAGCGUGGAGACGAGUUCGGCGGACGGACCCAAUCCCAAUGCCGUGGCCAAUCCCGUGGCGCCGCCCAUUACCAUGAAGGUGCCCACAAUUGCCACUGUGGAGGCGCUGAAUGCAUCCGUGGAGCGCAAGGAAGCCAUCGAGAAGAUGGAGUCGUGCGACAGCGAUCCGGAGAUGCUCAAGAAGCUGGCCACCAUCAAGCAGGAGGCUUCUUCGCAGCAGCAGCAACAUAUACAGCAGCAAUCGCAGAUGCAGAUGCAGCAGCAACUAGCUCCAGUGGGCAUCCAGCCACCGCCAGUAUGCCCGCCCUCGGAGUCGGUAUACAUCAAGAAGGAGCCCAUGGAAGACUCGAUGGACGCCACCUGCAAUCAGAAUAGCAACGAGCCCCAGGAUCUGAAGGUAAAGAUUGAGAUCAAAAACGAGGAUGCUCUGAAGCACAGUGUGGGCGGUUUGCCGCCAUCUGGUCCCGGUGCACCACCUUCAGCACUGCAUCCACUUUCCGGAGCUCCUGUGGAGAGUGGUCAGCCGGAGCCGCUGCACCUGCAGCACAUGUCACACGGACCGAUGCCGACGCAACCGCCACCCGGCUACCUAAUUGAUGGCCAGCUGAAGUACGGACCGCCGGGACAAGGUGUUCCUCCACAGCCGCCACAACUGCAUAGCGAUGCGGUAGGAGGAGGCAAUGGGGCACCGCCGGGAGCGCCGACAACGCCGCAGAAAUAUCCGCCCGAGAUGGAGAUGAAGUUCGCUCCCCAGGAUCUCAAGUAUCCCCCACCGCCGCCCCUGGACGCACUCAAGUAUAGUCAGGAGAUGCAGGCAGCGGCGGCUGCAGCGGCUGCUGUUGGCAAAUAUGAUAUGAAGUACAUGAUGGAGCAGCAGGGCAAGUACCCCGUAGAGCUGUCCACUGCCCAUCAGCCGCCAAGCAAGCCGGGCUACCAGGAUUCGCUAAAGAUACCCGAUGUAAAGCCUGGCUUUGGUCACCUGCCGCACAACGUAGGCUCCCAGCUGGACGUGGGCCAUAAGUAUGGACCGCCGCCAACGUCACAGGAGUCCCAGCAACAGCAGUCCCAGCCACCGGCGCAUCAGGUGCCUCCGGGAGCCACGCCGCCGCCUGGCAUCGCCAUGCCCAAGCCGCACUACCAGCACGAUGUGCAGACGCCACCGCUGGGACGGCCCUUCGAGCCAUCCGGUCUUAUGCUCAAGUAUGGCGAUCCACUGGCGGCCAAAUACGGUCCGCCACAGGAUCUUAAGUACCCAAUGCCUCCGGUCUCCCAGACAGGACCAGCCGACGUUAAGCCGUAUGGGGAGAAUCUGAUCAAGUCCUCACCGUAUGGACCGCCGCCGGAGAGUCCAAUCGACGCCUCGGCGCGAUCUACACCAGGUCAGGAUAGCCAGGGUAGCAAUAGCAAUUCGCAGCCGCCGUCAAUGCCCCCGCAGCCGCAGCAGUUCCAGUCGCCGCAUCCUUCGCCGCACAUGCCUUCGCCAGCCGGAGGUGGCCUGCCACCAGGAAUGCAUCCGCAAAACCUCAUCCAUGGCCCGCCACCAGGUUCAGCGGGAGGUGGUGGACCGCAACCGCCUCCACCGCCCACAUCGCUGCACCAGCCAACGCCCACGGCUCCGGGUCCGCCAAGUUUGCAGCACGGAUUGCAUCCUGGUCACCAGCAUCCGCAGCUCUCUGCGGCCUCUUCGAUGCCGCCGAGCUCCAUUGGAAUUCCUCCUACGCUUUCGACAAUGGCGCCUUCGCACAUGCACCCGCACCUUCACCCACAUGCGCAUCUGCAAGGACUCCAUCGGCCGCACGACUUGCCGCCCAGUAUGCAUCCCCAUGCGCCCAUGCCGCUGUCACUGCAGGGACAUCCGCAACACGUUCACGGAUUGCCGCCCUCGCAUGCCCCCCAGCAGCAGCAGCAACAACAACAGCCGCCUGGCGGACCAGUUGGCACGGUGCGAACUCCAUCACCUGCCCAGCAACCGCCGCGAUCCCUUCACGAUCCGCAAUCGUCUAGAGAGCCGCCAAAUUCGCAGCCUUCCACCACGAUGGCGGGUUCGAGUGGUCCCGGUGGACCACCGCCGCAACAGUCGCCGCACGCGCACCGCACAUCGCCGUUGCCCGGUCUCUCGGGCAGUGGACCGCCGCCGCCUGGACUCAUCGGGCAUCCGAUGGCCAUACAUCCGCACCUGGCACACCUGCCGCCUGGUCAUCCGGCCCACGCAGCUUUAGCUCAUCCCGGACACCAUCUGCUGUCGCACUCGAUAGCAGGCUUGGGUCCCGGCGGUGGACCCAUCGCCUUGCUGGCCGGCCCCGGCGGACUGGGAGGUAUUCCAGAGUCCGCUCUAAGUCGCCGAACCCCGCCCUCACACCUGCCACACUCGCACGCCUCCUCGGCCCCGCUGACGCCGCAUUCGGUGGCCAGCAUGACGUCUACCAGUAUGUCGCUGACCACCAGCACGGUGCCAUCGUCCGCCUUUAGCCGCGCCAGUCCCAGCGUGCAGAUCUCGAGCGGCGGAGGAGGGCCUUCUGGGCCCGGAAGCGUGGGACCCGGAGGAUUGCCCAACUCCUCGGCAGCGGCGGCGGCAGCUGCAGCAGCGGCUGCCCAUCGAGCGGCUUCCCCGGCGUCCAGUGUGAGCAGCCUGAGUCGCCAGAGCCCGUUGCAUCCGGUGCCACAGUCUCCGCUCAGCCAUCAUCCCUCGUCCUCGGCGCUGUCCGCCGCGGCAGCCGCUGUGGCGGAAAGGGACCGGCAUGCGCUGAUGCGACAGCAAUCGCCGCACAUGACGCCGCCACCGGUGUCCAAUGCCUCGUUGAUGGCUAGUCCUCUGAGCAAGAUGUACGCUCCUCAGCCGGGUCAGAGGGGUCUGGGGACUUCCCCGCCACCUCACUUGCGACCGGGAGCCUCUCCGCCGGUCAUUCGACACCCGCAGAUGCCCCUGCCGCUGCCAUUGAUCGCGCCUGGCGGAGGAAUCCCUCAGAUUGGAGUGCAUCCGGGACAGUCACCGUACCCGCAUCCUCUGCUGCAUCCCUCGGUCUUCUACUCGCCGCACCAUCAUCCCUUCAAUUCGCCCUACGGCUAUACACCUUAUGGCCCUGGAUUCCCGGCGUACAUGAAGCCACCACCUCAGCCAGGACAACUGGAUCCGGCCGCCGUGAUGGCCGCCCAUCAUGCUGGACUGCAGGGACCACCGCCCCAACAGAUGCGUCAGGAUGAGCAGAAUGCAGCGGCCGCUGCGGCAGCAGCAGCUGCUGAGAAACAGCAUCAAGCCGCAGCAGCAGCAGCAGCUCAACAGCACAAGGCGCCGCAGCAGCAGCAGCCCGGUGGAAUGCAACCUAACAAGCCGCCGACGCCAAAGACGCCGCAGGGUCCUGGCGGUGGAAUGCCACCGGGAAUGGGCGGACCGGGAACACCGACGGGACUACCGCCUGGUGCCUAUCCUGGCAGUCACAUGCCGGGAUAUCCACAAGGGCCUCCUCACGGAUCACCCUUCGCGCCGCAAGAUGGUCAGCCUCACGGCCUGAAGCCCACUUCGCACAUGGACGCCCUGCGAGCCCAUGCACACUCGGCCAACUCGGCGGGAAUGGGCGGAGGACAUCAUCCAACGGAGCCAUUGCCCAUUGAUAUUGAGCCGGAUCCGGAGCCAGAGAUUCCCAGUCCCACGCACAACAUACCACGUGGUCCCAGUCCCGAGGCGAAGCCGGACGACACCGAGUGCCAUCGCUCUCAGUCUGCCAUAUUCGUACGCCACAUUGAUCGCGGAGAUUACAAUUCGUGCACGAGAACGGAUUUGAUCUUCAAGCCAGUGGCCGACUCCAAGUUGGCCCGCAAACGCGAGGAGCGCGACCGCAAGCUGGCCGAGAAGGAGCGUGAGCGGCGUCAGCAGCAGCAACAACAACAACAGCAGCAGCAACAACAGCAAGCAGCAGCCGCUCAACAGGCGGCGCAGCAGGCCAAGAUGAAGGCGGAGCUUAAGCCUCCGUAUGCGGAUACGCCUGCCCUGCGCCAACUGUCCGAGUACGCUCGUCCCCACGUCGCCUUCAGUCCUGUUGAGCAGAUGGUGCCAUAUCAUCAUCCAAUGGGCCCCAUGUACAGAGAGAGGGAACUGGAGGAGAUCAAAAACGCACAAGCUGCGGCUGCUAGUCAAUCCCGACUAGAUCCGCACUGGAUGGAGUACUAUCGACGAUCCAUUUCGAACUAUCCCAACAGCGGCAUCCAUCCCUCGCAGUUCCCCCUAUAUGCGAAUCCUGCGAUAUCGCAGAUGGAGAGGGAGCGUCUGGGAAUUCCACCGCCGCACCAUGUGGGGUUGGACCCGGGCGAGCACAUGGUGCGUAUGAUACGAUUGACGAGAGAAUAUCAUGCACACUCUCAUACUCAUUUACAUUUGCCUUUGCAUCCACAGCCGCAACCACCGGAGGCCGGUUUCCAACUGCCACCGAAUGUUGGCCAGUAUCCGCGGCCAAAUAUGCUUAUACCUAGGGAGCCGCAUUCGGAUGUCCUGCUGCGUAUGUCCUAUGCCGACCAAUUACAGUAUUUACAGGCCGCCGAGUUCCAGCGACAGUCCCUGCAUGAUCAGUACUUUAGACAACGGCCCAGAUAAGUGGACAGACAGCAAUUGUAGAGAGCAAGCAACUGAACAAAGACAAUACUCGGGCCGCGGCCGUGAGGAACUGCUUUGUGUGAUUUUUGUGUUCAAGCGUUUACAUUUUGUUUUCCACACAUACA